ACGGCCCACCGCCGGCCAUUGGGAGGGGGAGGCCUCUGAGGGGUCCCCCACCCCCCCCAAAUCCCUCCUGUUCCCAUCCGGCAGAACUUCCCGCUCUUCCCGACGACCCCAGCCCCCUUUUUCCCAUCCCAUUCCUCCUCCCCACCCCCGGGUGGUCCCCCCCAUCCCCAUCCCCAACAUGGAGCCAGGAUCCCGCGAGUACAAACUGGUGAUGCUCGGAGCCGGGGGCGUGGGCAAGAGCGCCAUGACCAUGCAGUUCAUCAGCCACCGCUUCCCCGAGGACCACGACCCCACCAUCGAGGACGCCUACAAAAUCCGCAUCCGCAUCGACGAUGAGCCCGCCAACCUGGACAUCCUGGACACCGCCGGGCAGGCGGAGUUCACGGCCAUGCGUGACCAGUACAUGCGCGCCGGGGAGGGCUUCAUCAUCUGCUACUCCAUCACGGACCAGCGCAGCUUCCACGAGGCCCGCGACUGCAAGCAGCUCAUCUACCGCGUCCGCCGCACCGACGACACCCCCGUCGUCCUCGUGGGCAACAAGUCGGACCUGCGCCAGCUGCGCCAGGUGAGCCACGAGGAGGGCGCGGCGCUGGCCCGCGAGUUCGGCUGCCCGUUCUUCGAGACGUCGGCCGCCUACCGCUACUACAUCGACGACGUCUUCCACGCCCUGGUGCGUGAGAUCCGGCGGCGGGAGAAGGAGGCCGCCCUGGCCCUGGGCCGCCGCGCCAAGCCGCGCGCCAGCGUCUGGCAGAGGCUCAAGUCCCCGUUCCGCAAGAAGAAGGACUCGGUGACGUGAGGGGGCCGGACCCCCCGAGCCCCCCGAGCCCCCCGCGCCUCCCUUCCCCGGCCCGGGGCGCGGUGGCGGCACCGCGGUGGUCUCCUCCGGCCCCUCCGGGGGGGGCGGAGGGGCAGCCGGGCGGAAGUGGACACCCGGACCCCUUCCGCCACCUUUGGAGAGGGGGGGUCCCCUCCUCCGGCCCCUCUACUUGACCGGAGGACUGAGGCGGGUCACGGGGGGCGAAGUGGGGGGUCUCCUGUCCAUCCCCACACUCCGGCGGAGGCGUCCAACUGGGGAGCCGAGGGGAUGGGGGGUCCUCUGACCCCUGCCCUGGGCGGCGCGGGACCGGGUCGGAUGGCAGGUUUCUCGUGGAAGCGCUUAGUACAGUGCUCUGCACACAGUAAGCGCUCAGUAAAUGCGAUUGAUGAGGGAAGGGGGCCGGGCCCCCCAAUUGCUCUCCGAGGGAAACCGGAAGGCCGGGAGCCCCCCGGCACCGGGAGAAGCAGCGUGGCUCAGCGGCAAGAACCUGGGCUUUGGAGUCAGAGG